UGCUGCUUUGACCCCACCACCUCGUCAGUACAAACGCCGUGAUGAGUCCGAACUCGCGUUGACCUAUUGACUCGUGUCGCCGUCUCGCCGAGCGAACCCGACGUCGUCGGCGAUGAGGAAGGCGGCGGCGCUGGCGUCCGCGGCGAUGGCCGCAGCAGCAGUAGCGGUAGUCUCCACGGUGUUGCACCAGAGGCAACGUCGGGCGGCGAAGCGGUCAGAGCGCGCGGAGGCCGUGCUGCUGCGGGACCUGCAGGAGCGGUGCGCCGCGCCGGUGGAGCUGCUGCGGCAGGUGGCGGACGCGAUGGCCGCGGAGAUGCGCGCGGGGCUCGCCGCCGAGGGCGGGAGCGACCUCCAGAUGCUCGUCACCUACGUUGACUCCCUCCCCUCCGGGGGUGAGAAAGGGAUGUUUUAUGCACUUGACCUUGGAGGAACAAAUUUCCGUGUUUUACGAGUUCAAUUAGGAGGCAAAGAACGUCGAAUUAUCAAGCAAGACUCAGAAGGGAUAUCCAUUCCACAACAUUUAAUGUCCAGCAGUUCACAUGAGUUGUUUGAUUUUGUUGCUGUGGCUUUAGCAAAAUUUGUUGCCUCUGAAGGUGAAGACUGCCAUCUUCCUGAGGGUACCCAAAGAGAACUAGGUUUUACAUUCUCCUUUCCAGUGAAACAAAAAUCAUUGGCAUCUGGCACUCUUAUCAAGUGGACGAAGAGUUUUGCAAUUGAUGAAAUGGUCGGCAAGGAUGUUGUGGCUGAAUUAAACAUGGCUAUCAGAAGUCAAGGACUUGAUAUGAAAGUCACAGCAUUGGUUAAUGAUACAGUAGGGACAUUAGCUGCUGGGAGAUAUGUGAAUCAUGAUACUAUUGCUGCUGUUAUACUGGGAACAGGUAGUAAUGCAGCGUACAUAGAUCAUGCAGAUGCAAUUCCAAAAUGGCAUGGAUCCCUGCCCAAGUCUGGAAAUAUGGUAAUAAACAUGGAAUGGGGUAACUUUAAGUCCUCACAUCUUCCACUUACUGAAUUUGAUCAAGAGUUGGAUGCAGAAAGUUUGAACCCUGGCAAACAGGUUUACGAGAAAUCGAUUUCUGGUAUGUAUAUGGGGGAACUUGUUCGAAGAAUCUUACUAAAGAUGGCUCAAGAAACUCGCAUUUUUGGUGAUAAUAUACCUCCAAAACUUGAGAGACCAUACAUCUUAAGGACACUUGACAUGCUGAUCAUGCAUCAUGAUACAUCAUCUGAUCUCAGAACAGUUGCCAACAAGUUGAAAGAAGUCUUGGGGAUCGAAUAUACCUCUUUCACGACGAGGAAACUGGUUUUGGAUGUUUGUGAGGCCAUUGCGACACGCGGUGCACGGCUUGCUGCUGCUGGGAUAUAUGGCAUUAUCCAAAAGCUUGGUCAGCAUUCUGACAGCCCCAGUACGAGAAGGUCCGUGAUUGCUGUGGAUGGAGGGGUCUAUAAAUACUACACUUUCUUCAGCCAGUGCAUGGAGAGCACUCUGAGUGACAUGCUUGGGCAGGAGCUGGCCCCCUCUGUUAUGAUCAAGCAUGUCAAUGAUGGCUCAGGCGUUGGGGCAGCUCUCCUGGCAGCCUCUUAUUCUCAAUACCACCAGGCUGAAUCUGCAGAUAGUUCAUAAUAUUCUAAAAAAAAGAAGCUGAAUCUGCAGAUAGCUCUUAAUAUUCUGAAAAAACUGUCAAAAAAUAAUAUUCUGAAAAAAAACUGUGUAUUAAGGUGAUAAACAAUAGGUUUUGGAGCAAUUUUUUUUUUAAGAUAAUGGAUUAAACCGGCCUCUACAUCCAAACGAGAUUCUAGAGCAAUAGCAGCUAUACAGUUUGCCUAAGGGCUAAAUAUCUUGUAUUUUGCAAAUGUCAAUUGUACAUGAACUCUAUCUGCAAUAUCUGUUCAGUGUUUCAGUGGGUCA